CCUCUGCACUCCUUUUCAGCUGGGCACCUCUGAGGACCUGGACCAGGCCAAGGGACAAGCAGGGCCCUGGCUGUUUUGUUUCCUCCACCCGCGGGAGUCAGGAUCAUCUCUGGGCCAUGAGUCUGUUCCUACUCCUGGUUUUUGUCUCUGUCAUUCCCGUUGCUGUGCAGCUAUUGGACACUAGGCAGUUUUUAAUCUACAAUGAGGAUCACAAGCGCUGUGUGGAAGCAAUAAAUCCCAGUGCAGUCCAAACUGCAGUUUGCAACCCCAAUGCUGAAUCACAGAAAUUCCGAUGGGUCUCUGAAUCCCAGGUUAUGAGUGUUGCUUUUAAAUUAUGCUUGGGGGUGCCAUCAAAAACUGAUUGGGUUCCUGUCACUCUGUAUGCCUGCGACUCCAAAAGCGAAUUUCAGAAAUGGGAGUGCAAGAACGACACACUUUUUGGGAUCAAGGAUGAAGAUUUAUUUUUCAACUAUGGCAACAGACAAGAAAAGAAUAUUAUGCUUUACAAGGGAUCUGGUUUAUGGAGCAGGUGGAAGAUCUAUGGAACCACAGAUGAUCUAUGCUCUAGAGGUUAUGAAGUCAUGUACACGCUGCUGGGCAAUGCAAAUGGAGCCACCUGUGCAUUUCCAUUCAAGUUUGGAAACAAGUGGUAUGCAGAUUGCACAAGUGCUGGGCGGUCCGAUGGAUGGCUCUGGUGUGGAACCACCACAGACUACGACACUGAUAAGCUCUUUGGAUUUUGUCCAUUGAAAUUUGAGGGCAGUGCAAACCUUUGGAAUAAAGAUCCAUUGACCAACGUUCUUUACCAGAUAAACUCCAAAUCUGCUUUGACUUGGCACCAGGCAAGGAAGAGCUGUCAACAACAGGAUGCUGAGCUCUUGAGUGUCACAGAGAUUCAUGAGCAAACAUACCUGACAGGAUUAACCAGUUCCUUGACUUCAGGACUCUGGAUUGGACUUAACAGUCUGAGUUUCACCACUGGUUGGCAGUGGAGUGGUGGUAGUCCCUUCCGGUAUUUGAACUGGUUACCAGGAAGCCCAUCAACUGAACCUGGAAAAAGCUGUGUGUCGCUAAAUCCUGGAAAAAAUGCUAAAUGGGAAAACUUGGAAUGUGUUCAGAAACUAGGCUAUAUAUGUAAAAAAGGCAACAAUACCUUGAAUACUUUCAUUAUUCCUUCAGAAAGUGAUGUGCCUACUAAGUGUCCUAGUCAGUGGUGGCCAUAUGCAGGCAACUGUUACAAGAUUCACAGAGAACAGAAGAAAAUCCAGAGGGACGCCUUGACUGAGUGUCGGAAGGAAGGUGGUGACCUUGCAAGUAUCCAUAGCAUUGAGGAGUUUGACUUUAUUUUCUCCCAGCUGGGAUAUGAGCCAAAUGAUGAGUUGUGGAUUGGCUUAAAUGACCUCAAGAUUCAAAUGUACUUUGAGUGGAGUGAUGGGACUCCUGUGACUUUUACCAAAUGGCUUCGUGGAGAACCAAGCCAUGAGAAUAACAGGCAGGAGGACUGUGUUGUGAUGAAAGGGAAGGAUGGGUACUGGGCAGAUAGGGCCUGUGAGCGGCCACUUGACUACAUCUGCAAGAUGAAAUCACAAACCCAAGCUCCAGAAUCAGAGGAAGUAGAAACAGGCUGCCAGAAAGGCUGGAAAAGGCAUGGCUUUUACUGCUAUUUGAUUGGACACACACUUUCAACAUUUGCAGAAGCCAACCAAACAUGCAAAAAUGAGAAAGCUUAUUUGACAACCGUUGAAGACAGAUAUGAACAAGCAUUCCUGACUAGUUUGGUUGGAUUGAGACCUGAAAAAUAUUUUUGGAUAGGACUUUCAGAUAUACAAAACAAAGGGACCUUUCAGUGGACAGUAGAGGAGGAGGUGCAGUUCACCCACUGGAAUUCAGACAUGCCAGGGCGAAAGGCGGGAUGUGUUGCCAUGAGAACAGGGCUUGCAGGGGGUUUAUGGGAUGUUCUGAAAUGUGAUGAAAAGGCAAAAUUUGUGUGCAAGCACUGGGCAGAAGGAGUAACUCGGCCACCAGAGCCCACGACAACUCCCGAGCCCAAGUGUCCGGAGGAUUGGGGCACCACCAGUAAAACAAGCUUGUGCUUCAAGCUGUUUGCAAAAGGAAAACAUGAGAAGAAGACAUGGUUUGAAUCUCGAGAUUUCUGUCGAGCUCUGGGUGGAGAACUAGCUAGCAUCAAUAAUAAAGAGGAGCAGCAAAUAAUAUGGCGAUUAAUAACGGGUAGUGGGCACUACCAUGAACUGUUUUGGUUGGGAUUGACUUAUGGAAGUCCUUCAGAGGGUUUCACCUGGAGUGAUGGUUCUCCUGUUUCAUAUGAAAACUGGGCUUAUGGAGAACCUAAUAAUUAUCAAAAUGUUGAGUACUGUGGUGAGUUGAAGGGUGAGCCUGGUAUGUCCUGGAAUGAUAUUAACUGUGAACAUCUUAACAACUGGAUCUGCCAAAUACAAAAAGGAAAAACCUUAAAACCAGAGCCAACACCGGCUCCUCAAGACAAUCCACCAGUCACUGAGGAUGGAUGGGUUAUUUACAAAGACUACCAGUAUUAUUUUAGCAAAGAGAAGGAAACCAUGGACAAUGCCCGAGCAUUCUGCAAGAGGAAUUUUGGUGAUCUUGUUUCUAUUAAAAGUGAAAGUGAAAAGAAGUUCCUAUGGAAAUAUGUUAACAGGAAUGGUGCACAGACACCAUAUUUUAUUGGUUUAUUGAUUAGCUUGGAUAAGAAGUUUACUUGGAUGGAUGGAAGUAAAGUGGAUUACGUAGCUUGGGCCACAGGUGAACCCAAUUUUGCAAAUGAGGAUGAAAACUGUGUAACCAUGUAUACAAAUUCAGGGUUUUGGAAUGACAUUAACUGUGGCUAUCCAAAUGCCUUCAUUUGCCAAAGACACAACAGCAGCAUCAAUGCCACUGUUAUGCCUACUACACCCCCGAGCCCAGGCGGCUGUAAAGAAGGUUGGAGUUUGUACAAUAACAAGUGUUUCAAAAUCUUUGGAUUUGCUGAAGAAGAAAGAAAAAAUUGGCAAGAGGCACGGAAAGCUUGCAUAGGAUUUAAAGGAAAUUUGGUAUCCAUACGCAAUGAAAAAGAGCAAGCAUUUCUUACCUAUCUUAUGAAGGACUCCACUUUCAAUGCCUGGACUGGGCUGAACGAUGUCAAUUCAGAGCACACGUUCCUUUGGACGGAUGGGCGAGGAGUUCAUUAUACAAACUGGGGGAAAGGUUACCCUGGUGGAAGAAGAAGCAGUCUUUCUUAUGAAGAUGCCGACUGUGUUGUUAUCAUUGGAGGCAAAUCGAGAGAUGCAGGGACUUGGAUGGACGACACCUGUGACAGUAAGCGAGGCUACAUAUGCCAGACUGAUUCUGACCCUUCUUUGCCUCAUUCUCCAACAACAACUCCCAAAGGUGGCUUUAUUAAAUAUGGUGAAAGCAGCUAUUCACUCAUGAAAUUGAAGUUAACAUGGCAUGACGCAGAGAAAUAUUGCAAGGAUUACAAUUCUCUAAUUUCUAGUAUUCUGGAUCCCUACAGUAAUGCAUUUGCAUGGAUGCAGAUGCAAGCUUUUAAUGUGCCUGUAUGGAUUGCCCUGAACAGUAACUUGACCAACAAUGAAUAUGUUUGGACUGAUAAAUGGAGGAUGAGGUACACUAAUUGGGCAGCUGAUGAGCCAAAGAUGAAAUCAGCAUGUGUUUACCUGGAUGUUGAUGGUUACUGGAAGACAUCAUACUGCAAUGAAAGUUUUUACUUUCUCUGCAAAAGAUCAGAUGAAAUACCUGCCACUGAACCUCCACAACUGCCUGGCAGAUGUCCGGAGUCAGAGCACUCUGCUUGGAUUCCUUUCCAUGGUCACUGCUACUAUAUUGAGUCUUCAUUUACAAGGAACUGGGGUCAAGCUUCUCUAGAGUGCCUUCGAAUGGGUUCCACUCUGGUUUCCAUUGAAAAUGCUGCCGAAUCCAGUUUUCUAUCCUAUCGUGUUGAACCUCUUAAAAGUAAAACCAAUUUUUGGAUAGGAUUGUUCAGAAAUGUUGAAGGAAUUUGGCUCUGGAUAAACAACAAUCCAGUCUCCUUUGUCAACUGGAAUACAGGCGAUCCCUCUGGUGAACGAAAUGAUUGUGUAGCUUUAGACGCAUCUUCUGGGUUUUGGAAUAAUAUUCACUGUUCUUCCUACAAAGGAUAUAUUUGUAAAAGACCAAAAAUUGUUGAUGCUGAACCUACUCAUACAUUAAUGACAACAAAAGCUGACUCAAGGAAGAUGGAACCUUCCAGACCGUCUUCCAACGUGGCAGGAGCUGUGGUCUUUGUCAUCCUCCUGAUUCUAGUGGGUGCUGGCAUUGCUGCCUAUUUCUUGUAUAAGAAAAGACGUGUGCACCUACCUCAAGAGGGCACCUUUGAAAACACUCUCUAUUUUAACAGUCGAUCGAGCCCAGGAACUAGUGAUACGAAAGAUCUCAUGAGCAACAUUGAGCAGAAUGAACACGUGGUCAUCUAGUGUCAUAAUGUGAUUUUUUUUCAUAAUGUGAUUUUGUUGUAUUUGAAUUUCAGAAAAUUGUAACUAAAGUUUUAAAUUCUUUGAUUCAAUGUGAUUGUUCCUUUUAAAAAUUAGGACUGUAUUAUAAUAGUAUGUCCUUUUUCCUUGCCUAAUUGAAGAAGUAAUUGCUAAUUUUUUCACCAAAGAAAGUUAGUAAUGUCAAUUAGCACUGUUUGAAAUAUCUUAGGUGAAUACAUAGCACUACAAUGCCACCUUUUACACAUCAUUACCGGGUAAGCAGUAUCAACUUCAUGCAGAUUAUAAGAGCUCUAGAAAUAACUAACUAAGCCUCUUGAAAUAUUUCAAGGAGCUCCCCAAAAUAUGCACCCACUAAAUUGUAAUCCAACAACUAGAAGACAAUUUUAAAAACAGUACAAAUAACCUCAGGUGAAAUAAAAAUUUAGUGGGUUUUCACUUUCACCAGUCUUGAUUUCACUCCAAUAAUUUAGAAAUGUAUUUGUCCACAUGCAGAAGAAUAAAGUGGUUGAGACUCUUGUUUCCUUAAGCCAGGCUUUACAGAUUGUUCUUUGUACUGUUAUAUGUAUAUCAGGAGGGCAAAGAUGUGAAAAAUGUAAAUUUCCUUAACUGGAUGUACUUGGAUUAUGUGAAAUAAACAUUAAAGACAAGGUCUAUUUUUAAUA